AUGGAUAGGGCAUGGAUGUACAAUGCAAAUAGGAUGGGUGCAUAUUUUCGUGGAGAGCUUGAUAAAUUCAUUAAAGUUGCGGAGAACUACGCAAGAAAGGAGAAGACACAGUUGAUACAUUGCCCUUGCAGAGCUUGCGAGAAUUUGAAAGUAUUUAGCGACCCAACUACAAUCAGAUCGCAUGUGAUGGUGAGUGGUUUUAUUAAGGACUACACGAUCUGGAAGAAAUAUGGCGAGACGGAUGCUCCCCCUCCGACGAAUAAUCCACUGGAUGAAAUCAUACGAGGCGAGGAGUUGGAUAGAAUGUUUGAUGCUUAUUAUGAUUUUGGCAGAGAUGAUGAUGGUGUCAGCGUUGAUGAUGGAGCGGGUGGAUUCCAUAGUGAUGAUGUCGAUGACAGGCCCAUCGAUAGUGAUAGUAGUGAAGAUGAACUUGACGACGGAGAUUUUCUGAGCCAGUUGUUGCGCCACACCAAAGAGGAGGUAUUGGCUACUAGUGCCAGGGGGUUACCAAACUUCGAGACUGUGAGAAAAUCAACAGAGAAAAAUAUAUAUGAACGAUCAAAGGGAUGCCCGAAACACUGGACCGUCCUUCAUUUCAUAUUGGAGCAGUUGACUCUGAAGGCUAAGCAUAGUUGGUCAUAUGGUAGUUUCAAUGAUCUGCUGCGUAUCUUGGCUUGGUUGCUUCCAAAGCCCUAUAAAGUGCCAGCCAACACAUACCGAGCCAAGAAGCUUGUUAGUCCUUUCACGAUGGGUGUUGAAAGAAUCCCUGCAUGUCCAAAUCAUUGUAUUUUGUAUCGUGGGGAUACUUUCAAAGACCUGAAGGAAUGCCCUGUAUGUUCUGCAAGUCGGUACAAAAACAAUGCGGGUUACUGUAGUGAUGACAAUCAAGGUCCAUCCAUUGAGACAGACGACGCUACUUUAGGCAUUUCUGAAAAGCAGAGCAAAAUUCCCGUCAUGGUUAUGUGGCACCUCCCAGUUUCCGAUCGCCUUAGGCGUUUCUUCUCGAACCCAAAGGAUGCUGAGCUGAUGCGAUGUUGUAAUUCAGAUCAGUGCAAGAAGGGUGACAAAAAGCUCUGA